UACUGGCAACACUGGUACCAAUAUCAAAUAGAUCUUUCGAGCAAAAUAAUGGAGCAAUUUAAGGGUCUGCAAAAAUCCCUGUAUAUAUGGACUGACAGCGCCGAUUUGGACAAGCGAGUGGAGCAGCUGAAGGCAGCCACCGGCGGCGAUGUGGCCUUGGAAAAUGUGCACCGCCUGUCCUUUUCCUCCUAUGCCAACUCCAGCUUCGACCUAAUCGUGAUUGAAUGUGCUCAGCUCACCGACAAUUACGUAAAGUUGCUACACAUGCUGAAGCCCAGCGGCAAGCUGCACUUGGUCUCCUUCAUUGGACCGGCUGGCAGUCUGCUUCAAGAGGUCAAGCUUUCCGGUUUCAUCAACUGCCGCGAAGAUGCCGGCGAUGCUCUGACAGCCGAAAAGCCUGGCUAUGAAACGGGUUCCUCGGCCAGACUAUCCUUUGCCAAAAAGAAUGCCAGUGCCUUGAAUGUGUGGAAGAUUAGUGGGGACGAUGAAGACCUUAUCGACGAGGAGGAUCUGCUGGAUGAGGAAGACAAGCAAACGCCGGACCCGGCUGGUCUGCGUGUGUGUAGCACCACAGGAAAGCGCAAGGCGUGCAAGAACUGUUCCUGCGGCCUGGCCGAGGAAUUGGAGAGUGAGAAGCAGGAGAGCAAGGCGGCCACUGAGAACGCCAAGUCUAGCUGUGGAAAUUGCUAUCUGGGCGAUGCCUUCCGCUGCUCCACCUGUCCCUAUUUGGGCAUGCCCGCCUUUAAGCCAGGCGAGAAGGUUCAACUGGCCGCCAAUCUACUUAAAUCCGACAUCUAGCUUAGAGGCUCCCACUGCACUGAUCCAAUUACAUUUCGAUAGUUUAUUAAGCUGACUCUUACUAACAAACAAAUAAUGUCAUGAUGUAAAUACAAAAUUGCACAUGUCGCAGACCCUGCUCACA